AUGGCUGAGGGAGUUGUGACGUUUGGAGUGCAGAAACUUUGGGAGCUCCUAAGUCGAGAAUCUAAGCGAUUGCAAGGAGUUCACGAGCAAGUUGCUGAACUAAAACUGAAGAUGAUAACUUUACAGUCAUUGUUGAAAGAUGCAGAUGCCAAGAAAUAUGAGAGUGAAAGAGUGAGAAAUUUCCUGGAAGAUGUCAAGGACAUUAUUGAUGAUGUUGAGGAUAUAGUUGAAACCUUUUUUCUCAAAGAAUUUAGUGGAAAGGAAAAAAAGAUCAAGAAGCGUGUGGAAAGACUUUCUUGCUUCUUAGUGGAUCGUCGGAAAUUCGCUUCUGAUAUUGAAGGCAUAACUAAGAGGGUCUCUGAGGUGAUUUCACGAAUGCAUAGUUUUGGUAUACAACAAAUUAUUGAUGGUGGAUGUUCGCUGUCGCUGCUAGAAAGACAAAAGGUGCAAAGGGAGAUACGACAAACAUUUUCUGACAGUUCUGAAAGGGAUCUUGUGGGAAUGGAACAAAAUGUUGAAGAACUGGUAGGUCAUUUGGUGGAGAAUGAUAACAUCCAAGUGGUUUCCAUAUCUGGGAUGGGUGGUGUUGGAAAAACCACGCUAGCCAGACAAGUUUUUCAUCAUGAUAUUGUUCGACGUCAUUUUGAUGGAUUCGCAUGGAUGGAAGAGUAUACACUUCAGGGUAAGCUCUUUCAACUGUUGGAAACCUCUAGAUACUUAAUUGUCCUCGUUGAUGUAUGGAAAAACGAAGAUUGGGACCGAAUAAAAGUCAUAUUUCCCCCAAAAAGAGGUGGGAAAAUGAUAAUUACUUCUCGCAAUGAAGGUGUUGGUUUACAUGUAGAUCCAACAUGUUUUGCAUUUAGACCAAGAAUCUUUACUCCCGAGGAAAGCUGGAAGCUUUUUCAGAGGAUAGUAUUCCCUAAAAGAGACAAAACUGGAAACACUGGUUUGGAUGACAACAAACUCAAUUUGGUUUACAGAGUAUUGUCUCUGAGCUAUGAAGAUUUGCCAAUGCAGUUAAAGCACUGCUUCCUUUACCUAGCCCAUUUCCCUGAAGACUACAACAUAGAUGUGGAACUAUUGUUCACUUACUGGGCUGCAGAAAAAAUAAUAACAUCAGUUUGGGAUGGAACAACCAUUCGAGAAAGUGGAGAAGACUACCUAGAAGAGCUACUGAGGAGAAAUAUGGUUAUUGUUGAAAACGGCAAUGGCUAUUGGGGUUCAAGGAGAGACUAUUGUAAAAUGCAUGACAUGAUGAGAGAAGUAUGUUUAUCUAAAGCCAAAGAAGAGAACUUUCUUCAAGUCAUGGAAGUCUCUACUUCUACUUCCAUCAAUGCUCAUACUCCUAGGAAACUUGUGGAAGCAAUCAGUUCCCAAGUUUUCGAUGUUUACAGUUACUCGGGGUGUUGGAUCUCACUGGAGCUAACUAUGAAGAAUCUAGAGCUUAUGCUCUAUUUGAACUUAAGAGUUGAUGUUGGGAAAGUAGUUCAUGUGCCAAAUGUUUUAAAAGAGAUGCAAGAACUAAGAGUGACAGACCUCCAUAUAACUAGGCUCAGGACUCUCAUAGUGAAUUUUAAUGGCGGGUGUACUUCUGAAACUUUAUCGUCAUCUUUCCGUGAAUUGAGAAACCUCGAGAAGCUUUGUUUAUCUAAUUGGGAUAAAUCCCAUGUGGCUUAUCAUGGUGGAGAUUUCGUUUGGGAUUUCAUUCAUCUAAGAGACUUAGAGUUGUCCAUGUACAUGCCAAGGUUUCCUCAUCAAUCUCGAUUCCCUCCCCACCUUACACACAUCUACCUACAAUUUUGUAGGAUGGAGGAGGAUCCAAUGCCAAUUCUGGACAAGAUGCUUCAUUUAAAGUCUGUUGCCUUAUCAUAUCGUAGUUUUGUCGGGAAGAGAAUGGUUUGCUCAGAAGGUGGAUUCCCUCAGUUAUGUGAUCUACGAAUAUCUGAGGAAAAUGAGUGGGAGAAAUGGAUAGUAGAAAAAGGGUCGAUGCAUGCCUUCGUGCUUUGGUUAUAG